GGAGUGACUGAUGGGCUAUGAGUGUGUCUGUGUGAGUUCGAGGCAGUGUCCGUGUGUGGCGAUGUCAGUGUGUGAGGCUCUGAAACUGGUGUCACCGGGCGUUAUCUGUCAGUGAGCGUGACUGCGUUUGAGAGUGUCAUUGUAGCUGGGUCUGCUUGUGGCACAGCAUCUGUGGGAACGCGUCUGUCGGUGGGCAAUUGCUGUGUUUGUUCGUGAGAGCGGCAGGGACCACACCAGGGAGUGUGUCUUGGGAAGCUCCGUGGGGGUCUUAGACUUUGUCUGCCAGUGUGAGAGUGGAUGGCCGGGUUUUUGUGUGAUAAUGUGUGACUUCAGAGGCAGAAGAGCAAGAGCGAGCCUUGUGACGGUGGUGUGGUGUACUAUCCCCUAGCCUAGGCGGUGUGUGAGUGAAGCUGUGUUCUUAUAUUCCGGGAAACUUCAGUUGUUCGGGGAGGCUGACUUCUACCCAGGCUGCGGCAUAGACAGAUCCACCCCCAUUGCACAUGGCUCUCCUUCUUCCUCUGCUCAAGAUUUGCGGGGGGCUGAGAAUGCAGCUCAGUCAGAGAGGGCCUGGCUAGUGUGAGCCAGGGCCUGGGUUCCAUCUCCAGUGCUGAAAGAAUGAGCAGCAGCUGCUCAGGGCUGAGCAGGGUCCUGGUGGCUGUGGCUGCAGCCCUGGUGUCUUCCUCCUCCCCCUGCCCCCAGGCCUGGGGUCCUCCAGGGGUCCAGUAUGGGCAGCCUGGCAGGUCCGUGAUGCUCUGUUGUCCUGGAGUGAAUGCUGGGACCCCAGUGUCCUGGUUUCGGGAUGGGGAGCCGAGGCUGCUUCAGGGACCCGACUCUGGACUAGGACACAGACUGGUCUUGGCCCACGUGGACAGCACUGACGAGGGCACUUACAUCUGCCAGACCCUGGAUGGUGCAUCUGGGGGCAUGGUGACCCUGAAGCUGGGCUUUCCCCCAGCUCGUCCUGAGGUUUCCUGCCAGGCGGUAGACUAUGAAAACUUCUCCUGUACGUGGAGUCCCGGCCAGGUCAGCGGUCUGCCCACCCGCUAUCUUACCUCCUACAGGAAGAAGACCCUGCCAGGAGCUGAGAGUCAGAGGGAAAGUUCAUCCACAGGGCCUUGGCCGUGCCCACAGGACCCUCUAGAGGCUUUCCGAUGUGUGGUCCACGGGGCAGAGUUCUGGAGUGAGUACCGGAUCAAUGUGACUGAGGUGAACCCACUGGGUGCCAGCACGUGCCUUCUGGAUGUGAGGUUACAGAGCAUCUUGCGCCCUGACCCACCCCAGGGACUGCGGGUGGAAUCAGUACCUGGUUACCCGAGACGCCUGCACGCCAGCUGGACAUACCCUGCCUCCUGGCGCCGCCAACCCCACUUCCUGCUCAAGUUCCGGUUACAAUACCGUCCAGCGCAGCAUCCAGCCUGGUCCACGGUCGAGCCCAUCGGCUUGGAGGAGGUGAUAACAGAUGCCGUGGCUGGGCUGCCCCAUGCGGUACGAGUCAGUGCCAGGGACUUCCUGGAUGCUGGGACCUGGAGUGCCUGGAGCCCAGAGGCCUGGGGUACUCCUAGCACUGGUCCCCUACAGAAUGAGAUACCUGAUGGGAGCCAGGUACACAAACAGCAGCAAGAGGCAGCAGCCGCUCAAGAGGACGGCCCCACCCCUCCAAGGCCUUCCCUGCAGUCAGACCCAAGGCCACUUGAUCACAAGGACCCCUUGGAGCAAGUGGCUGUGUUAGCAUCUUUGGGAAUCUUCUCUUUCCUUGGCCUUGCUGUUGGAGCCCUGGCUCUGGGGCUCUGGCUGAGGCUGAGACGGGGUGGCAAAGAUGGACCUCAAAAACCUGGGUUCUUGGAACCAAUGAUUCCAGUGGACAAGCUUCCAGGCAUCCCAAACCUGCAGAGGACCCAGGAGAACUUCAGCUGAUCCCACCUGUAACCCUGUCAGGCUGGGGUGCUUAAAUGGGCAGGCAGAGAGAGGCAGGGCAAUGGAUCCCCAUGGAUGGAGGUCUCGGAAGUUUGAAGCCCUUUUCUUUGAGACCGUAUAUUCCAAACGUACUGCCAGCUCAAUGCUGUCUGAACUUCUGAUGUCAUCCUUGAGGUGGAAGUCCACUUGAGGAAUGUGUAUAGAUGUGUGUGUCUGUGUCCAUCUGUGACUGUGUGUAUGUGAGAUAAGGGACAUACAUUCUCUGUAUGUGUGUAUAUAGAUGCUUGGAGAGUGUGUGCAGACCUUGGCCUUGGCCCUUGUGGGGACUGUGAAGAGUUGAAAUAAAGAGACUGAAGAAGUUUUUGGA